AUGCGCCGUUUUCAAUUGCUUUUGGGAGCUCUUGGGCUCUCAAAUGUUGUCGACGCAGCUUCAACGUUGCUCUCAGGCGGCACAAUCAUUGCUUGGGACGACAAUGAGAACUAUUUACGCAUAAUCCAAAACGGUUCUGUGUUGGUCACGAACGAUCGCAUCGCCGCUGUGAAUUCAAAACCGUUGCCAUCAAACCUGCCAUCUGGAACAACAGUCGUGGACAUAUCGAAUCAGAUCCUAAGUCCUGGAUUCAUUGACACCCAUCGCCAUGGGUGGCAAACUGUCUUCAAAACAAUUGCAUCAAAUACAUCACUUACCGAAUACUUUAAUCGCUACGGAGAGUACUUUUCGGCAGACAAGUUCACAGCGGACGAUGUGUACAUUAGCCAGCUUGCCGGCAUCUACGAAGCCGUGAAUGGCGGAGUGACUACAAUUCUUGAUCACGCCUCACACACCUGGUCAGCGAGUACAUCGUACGCCGGACUCAAUGCAUCGGUCGAUAGCGGAGCCAGAGUCUUCUGGGCAUUUACUUUCCACAACAUCACAUCACUGAACUAUACCGCCGAGGAUCAGUUCCCACUCUUUCGGGAGAUGGCCGAAAACAAAAAGGCGCUGCUGGGAAAUUCCGCUGCUGAGAUUGGCAUUGCAUACGACUACUGGGGAUCAAAUCCAGAUAUCAACGAAGCCCAGACUGUCGCAGAUCUUGCCAAGGAGUUCAAUGUCUCGGUUGUGACGACGCAUUCUCUCGCUGGGCCGUGGGCAUUCAGCAAUCUUCCAUCCCAAGUUCAGCGAUUUGACCUUUUGGAUGGGUCUAUCCCAGUCGUCUUUUCGCACUCGAGUUUCAUAACCGCAGAUGAUUUACAGCUUCUUCGUUCUACCAACCAGUAUAUCUCUAUCACAGCCGAGUCGGAGAUGCAGUACGGCCACGGCCAUCCCCACUCAUACUAUGCGCAGGACCAAGCAGCACUGGGAAUCGAUACCCAUUUUACCUAUUCCUCAGAUAUCUUGACACAAGCCCGCAUGUGGCUUCAGUCCGCACGGCACUACUUCUAUAACCAAGUGUUGGAGAACUGGAAUGUGCCGACAUACAACCCUAUGAGCGUCAACCAGGCGUUUUUGCUGGCCACACGGUCUGGAGGAUUGGCUCUCCGACGCCCAGAUCUUGGUGUUAUCAAAGUCGGCGCCAAAGCUGACUUAGUAGUCUGGGAUGCAGAGAAUUCACCUUCAAUGCUCGGAUGGGAGGAUCCUGUUGCAGCAAUUAUUUUGCACGCGAACAUUGGAGACAUUUUGCACGUACUGAUUGAUGGCAAGUUUGUCAAAAAGGAUAAAAAGGUGGUAAAUAGCGACUAUCCUACUAUUCGAAAGAACUUUUUGCAAGCAGCAAAGAAGAUUCAGAAAAUUUGGAAAGAAAUUCCAUAUCCCACGUACGAGGGAAUAUUUGCAAGUGGCUAUUCUUAUGGCACACCACAAGCCGUCGAUGUGCAAAGAGGGUCAGGCACAGGAUUCGGCACUCAAUUCUUAUAA